UUCUAACAUCUCGUUUCACGCGAUUUUAAUUACUUGUCAGUAUACAUUGUGCAGUUUUACUAAUAUACAGUAGAUAAAUGUGAAUAUUAUCUUUUAACACAAUAAAUUUCAGUCAGUAUCAAAAAACGUUACCCUAUAUUUAAAUGUGACUGAUCUCGUUUAAUCCGAUUCUUGUCUUUCAAAAAGUUUGUCUGUGCAAGUCUGUACACCAAAAGACAGAGAUGGACUCUUACCUUGAACUGGGCUUCUGCGGUGCAGCGCGUAUCGUCUCUGAAGGGAUUGUUGAGCGAGUACAAAAGUUGAUCCGUAUAUCGUAUAGUAUUAUUGUUUCCAUAUUGUUAAUAUAAAGGGCUACGCGUUCGUAACUUGUUAUGCACAAAGUAAUGCAAAUGGAAGAAAACCUCCGCCUCACGUUGUAACCUGUUCAAAUUUUGGACGCCGCAUCCGGGGUUGCUGGUACGUCACACUGGAAGCAGGAAGUCUGCUGUCUGUUUACAUUUUGUACCGCUCACGUUGGCUCCAUUUUACACUCUUUUCAUUGGCUGAUGCUCACUCGUAACUCCACCCCAACGCGUAUGUACAACCCAAUCGAUUCUUUGCAUAUUGGUGACCGCAGCCUCAAAUAAAUUAAGGCGAUUGUGCACAUACAUUAAUAAAUAAAUCAAAGCUAAAACUUCGCAAUAAUGGAAGAAAUAAUAAAUAUUGUGUCCGUUGCUGCUCAGUUUAUUUUUAUAUGGAUCAUCAGUAUGAAAAAUCUAACAAAAAAGCCUAACGUGCAGACGCCUGAAGAGAAAAUUUAUAUUCGUCCUUUCGAUGUAAUCCUCCUUUUCUUAGCCAGUGUGGAAGCUAUUAAUGGAUGUAUAAUUUUGCAACAUAUAGAUAUACAUCAGGAGGAACGAUGAAACGUCCGCGGUUUCGAAUCUGAAAGCGAUGCCCCUGGAGGGCCGACUCGGCGGACGGGCGCAUGCGCUGUAGCAGGGGUGCCGGUACAAUUUAAGACUUGGCGCCGGCGCCCACUGAUGCUCGCUCACUCUGCAGAGUCACACUCCUCCGCUAUCAGCUCUUUUUCAGCAGGAUGUCAAGGCGCAGUGUUCGAUUACAAGCCAGAAAUGACAUUGGAUGUUCCCCAAGAAGCAGUACAACUAGAAAAAGGAGAUCUGAAAUACAAAUAGACGAACCGGAGGUAACAGUAAUCAAGAAACAUAACUACGAAAUACAGAGCUGUUGGGCACCUGGAGUUUCGAGUCCUUGCAUCCUAAUUGAGACACCUCACAAAGAAAUUGAGACCACCACAGAUUUCUCUGGGUUUAAACAAUAUAGAUUUAAAAACCUAUUUAUAAAGCCAUCACCUUUGCCAUAUCUUAGCUGGGCAAAUUCUGAUGAUGUGUGGUUAAGAAUGUUAAAUAAAGAAGUAAAAUACACUCACAACAAAGGCUUUCUAUAUCAGCAUCCAAUGCUGCAACCAAAAAUGAGGGCCAUUCUUCUUGACUGGCUGCUAGAGGUAUGUGAAGUAUAUUCACUGCAUCGGGAAACUUUCUAUUUGGCUCAAGAUUACUUUGAUCGGUUUAUGGUAACACAGGAGAAUAUCAAUAAAAAUAUGUUACAACUAAUUGGAAUUACAACACUCUUUAUUGCUUCCAAAAUUGAGGAAAUUUACCCUCCCAAAUUACACGAGUUUGCCUAUGUAACGGAUGGUGCAUGCACCGUUGAAGAAAUUAUAGAUAUGGAAUUAAUUGUAUUAAAGGCAUUAAACUGGGACUUAUGCCCAGAGACUGUUAUCUCAUGGCUAAAGUUAUAUAUCCAGAUGGCUUCUUUAGAUGAAGAAAGGAAUGUCUUACUACCUCAAUUUCAUCAAGAGACGUUUAUUCAAAUAGCACAACUUUUAGAUUUAUGCAUUCUUGAUAUCAAUUGUUUGGAGCAUCAGUAUGGCGUAUUGGCAGCUGCUGCAUUUUACCACUAUACGUCCUUUGAGCUGGUUCAGAAGGUGUCAGGACUUGAUUGGGAUUCUAUUUCAAACUGUGUAAACUGGAUGUUACCCUUUGUUCAAACUAUAAAGGGAGACUCGCCUGCAGUCCCAAAGGAAUUUAAGAAGAUUGCAACGGACGAUAGACAUAAUAUCCAAACUCACACAAACUACUUGGCAAUGCUGGAUGUUGCACUAAAGAAACAGACUGAAGUUUCACCAGGAUGUUUAUCUCCAGCAUCUGUGGGAGGAAUCCUGACUCCACCAAAAAGCACUGAAAAGUUAUCAUCUUGUACCUUAAGUAAGCAAUCGUCUAGCCGCCUUCCUUACUCUCCCUAAAAAAAAAAAAAAACACAGCUUGAAGAACA